UUGCUUAAAUAGACGAAAUUGAUAGUUCUUUUUGUGUCGGUCGAUGCUUACUUCGACGAGUCCGCGAGUAAGUUGUCCAUGGAGCAGUCGAAAUCCGUCGUCUGGACUCCCCUGGAACGGAGAUGUCUCUACCUCCUUCAACGGACCAGGAACUCUCGACCCGCUCUCCUCCAGAUCCACGCCUUCAUGCUUCGCCACGCUCUCGACCUCAACGUCAACCUCCUCACCAAGCUCGUCGCCAGCUGCGCCUCCGUCGCCUCCGUCUCCGACCCGCUCGCGGGAUUACGCCAUGCUCGCCUCCUGUUCGACAAAAGUCCCCACAGAGAUGACGGGUUCCUCUGCAACGCCGUGAUCAGAGCCCACGUGGGUCUGCGCCAGUUUGACGAGGCUCUUGUUCUUUACCGUGAUCUCCGGAGGAGCACCGGCUUUUCGCCCGAUAACUUCACGUUCACCGCGCUGGCGAAGUGUGGCUCGCUGGCUACGUCCUGUUGGGAAGGGCUGCAGGUGCAGAGCCAUGUUGUUAAGAUGGGGUUUUGGUCGGACUUGUAUGUGUCCACGGCGUUUGUGGAUUUGUAUGCGAAAUGGGGGAGCGUGGAAGCUGCGAGGAUGUUGUUUGACGACAUGAGCGUGAGGAGUCUGGUCUCGUGGACAGCUCUGAUAGGUGGUUAUGCGAGGAGAGGGGAUAUGGGGAAUGCAAUGAAGUUGUUUGAGGAAAUGCCUGAGAAGGACUCUGCAGCAUAUAACUUAAUGAUUGAUGGCUAUGUUAAGUUGGGAGAUAUGGACCCAGCCAAGGAUUUGUUUAAUGAAAUGCCAGAGAGGAAUGUGGUUUCUUGGACUACAAUGAUUAAUGGGUAUUGCAAUGUUGGUGACGUAAAAUCUGCUCGCUCACUCUUCAAUGCCAUGCCAGAAAAGAAUCUGUAUUCUUGGAACGUCAUAAUUAAUGGAUAUUGCCAAAAUAAACAGCCCCAUGAAGCUUUGAGACUGUUUUCUGAGAUGCAGUCAACUGCAUUGGUUGAGCCUGAUGAAGUCACUCUUGUAUGCGUUCUUCCAGCUAUAGCUGAUCUGGGUGCUCUAGAUUUAGGCUAUCAGGUUUACCAUAUUGCACAGAAAAAGAAGCUUGACCGAGCAAGCAAUGUGGGCACGGCACUUGUGGAUAUGUUUGCUAAAUGUGGUGAGAUUAGUAAAGCCAAAAGUGCAUUUAAUAUGUUGCACAAAAGACAGGUAGCUUCUUGGAAUGCUUUGAUAAAUGGGCUUGCAGUCAAUGGGUAUGGCAAAGAAGCAUUGGAAAUAUUCCUGGAGAUGCAACAGCAUGGGGUUCCACCGAAUGAUAUAACCAUGAUUGGUGUUCUAUCUGCAUGUAAUCACACUGGUUUCGUGAAGGAAGGAAGAAGUGGU